UGCCCCAGGGAGAGAUGGGUGGCGCGCGCGGGACACAGCGGGAGGAGGUGCUGCCCGGGCGGGGCUCGUGGCCUGCGCCAGCGCGGGCCGUGGGCUCGUACCCUCCGAGCGGGACUCGCUCACGGCGGCAGGGAACGUUGCACGGGGCUGUGUGGUGGCGGUUCCCCGGCAGAGCCGUGCCACUGGGCCUUGGGCCUCCCCUCUCCUGCCUAGCGCCGGCUCGUAGUUCCAGCUGCUGUGAAAGUCAAAGCUUGGAGUCAGGAAAGCUUCCCAUCUGCACACCUGACUGUACUCUGAUGCGUAGCUUUUCUCUGCUAAAGGUUGAUACGAGCCGAAUUGUUCAUAUCCAUUCUGUGAUCAUCCUGCGCCGCUCCGAUAAGAGAAAAGACCGUGUGGAAAUUUCGCCAGAGCAGCUUUCAGCUGCUUCUACUGAAGCAGAGAGGUUGGCUGAAAUGACAGGACGUCCCAUGAGAGUUGUGGGCUGGUAUCACUCUCAUCCUCAUAUUACUGUCUGGCCAUCACAUGUUGACGUCCGCACACAAGCUAUGUAUCAGAUGAUGGACCAAGGUUUUGUAGGGCUUAUCUUUUCCUGCUUCAUUGAGGACAAAAACACAAAGACAGGCAGGAUUCUCUACACCUGUUUCCAGUCCAUUCAGGCCCAGAAGAGCUCAGAAUAUGAAAGGAUUGAAAUUCCUAUUCAUGUUGUCCCCCACGAAACCAUUGGGAAAGUGUGUCUGGAAUCAGCUGUAGAGCUGCCCAAGAUCCUUUGCCAAGAAGAGCAAGAUGCCUACAGGAGAAUUCACAGCCUCACCCAUCUAGACUCUGUAACCAAGAUUCAUAAUGGCUCAGUGUUCACAAAGAACCUCUGCAGCCAGAUGUCUGCCAUCAGUGGGCCACUCCUUCAGUGGCUGGAGGACAGACUAGAGCAGAACAAACAACGGGUGCAGGAGCUGCAGCAGGAGAAAGAACAGCUCCUGGAGGAACUAGCUGCUUUAGAGUGAAGGAGGAAAUGCAGACCCUUCAGAAGAGAGACAUGAAAAAAAAAGUCUACAAGAUCUACUCCUGGCUGAAGGGUGGCCCUACAUUGCCUUACAGUGAAGAUACUAGCUGUGCCUCUUCUCUUGCCUCGUGCAGCAAAGAGCACUUCUACAGGAUAAGGGCCUUAUCUGCCCCAGCUUGAUGGAAAGCAGUGGUAUCUCUCCAGGUGCUGCAUGUUGCAGUGUGAUUCUAGUUCAGUGGUAGGGUUGGGCAGCACCUGAAGAGACUUCAGUUCUGGAGGGCACAUACCUAGGGAACAUGUUGUUUCUCCCUUCCCUAUAUUUUGACAGAAGUCUUAUUGCUUUACCUGUAUUCCAGGAGUCUAGAACAGGAGGGUUAGAGGGCAAAAGUGUGUCCCUGCAGUCAUGUCUGAUGCUGCCAACUUUGCCUUCUUUUAGUAGCUUCACUUGACUGUGAUCUUGUAUCUAGUAAUGUUCUGGAUUACUGGUUAUCCACCCAGGAAGGUAAGAGGUGGGAGAGAAGCUUGGGAAGAGACCUGGAAGAACUUUGUCAUUGGAUCUGUGUUCAGCAUACUUUAAACCAAAUAAAGAAUUCCAAAGCCA